GCACAUGUUUUAUCUUUCCUUCCACAUUUCCAAGACACUCUUCUCCUCCGCCAAAGAACCACCGUCUCCUCCGCCACCCCUCCGGCGACAACCGGUGAACUGUAUCGAAUCCACAACCAAUUUAACAUUAUCUCCUGAAUCAAUUGUUCGAUUUCAGAAAUGGGUAAUUGCUGUGUAACCUCCGGUGUCAAGCCGCCUCCACAUUCUCACCCGGCGGCGAACUCCAACCGGAGAACUGCGUCUCCGCCGCUCGACCACCCGUUGCCGGAGGAGGAAACCGUCAAGGAGGUUCUCUCCGAAACACCCACUCUUCUCCCCAAACUGCCCGUCGACGAUGGGCCCCACAAAAAUCCACCACUCCCCAAAGAUCAGGAGAAUCGCCAAAACGACGUCGGUCUCACGAAGGCCGCUGCUGCAGCGGCGGCGGAUGCGGUGGAUUCCGUUCCCGACGACCUCUCGGAAGGUUUCUCCGGCUCUGAGAUCUGCAGCACUCUCAGCGAGAGCGUUCCCGCCACUGCGGCGUCUGGCAAGCUAGAUGACGUCACGCAGAGGUCUCCUGCAAGCGUGUUAAAGGGGCCAUUUCCCGGAGAGGCGAGAAGAGAGAGGAUCUCGGAACCGUCGCCCGGCCGAGUUAGAUCGGGGGCUGGGAGAGGUUCUUCCGGCCGGCCAUCCGGGAACGUGCCGCGGAAGGGGAGUCCUGAAAAAAUUGGGCGGAGGUCAGUUUCGCCGGCGACGAGGACGGGAAUCGGCGGCGCGGGAACGGGUUUGGGUCGGACUCCAUCAAUGCGGAAAUCGGGAAAGUCACCGGGUCGGGUGAGAUCCGACAUGAGCGACAAGAUCCGGAUGUUGGAGGGAAGCUUUAAGAACCAUAACAAUGGCGGCCAAAAGUGGGAAUCAACAAAGAGUAAGGAGUCCCUUGAAAACCCACUUGUGUCCCUCGAAUGCUUCAUAUUCCUUUAGAGUUUGUACAUGUACAAGAUUGUGAAAUGGGGGUUACUUUCGUCCUUUCAGUUGGUCUGAACUUCCAAAGGUUCGAUCUUGGAUAGUUGGAUGAGCUUCGUAUAUAAUUCUAAAUUAACGAAUAAAAAAUACAGAGUACGUAG